AUGUUUCCUCCAGGAACGAUCCGGUCCCUCACUCCUCAGGAUAAUGAUUCCCAAUCCGUGGCCGGCGAAUCAUCUGGAUAUCCGUCACUGACAAGUUAUGAGUACGAUGACUCUGCUUCAGUCUCUCAAACAGUCGAGUCCGCCUCAACUAGACGCCAACGUCGUUCUCGCUCAGCCAUGUCGAGGAGAACCAGUUUCUCUCGGACACCAACGUCGUAUCUUAGCACACGGCCAUCCACUACCUCUGGACGUAAAUCUCGCGCAACCACAGUAUCGAGUUUUCUCGGGACCGGUGACGCUCAGGACAUUGUAUGCGCGGUCAGCGAGGCGAGAGGAGUAACGCCUUCUGUUGGAAUUGCCUUUGUGAAUGUUUCCCUCGGUGAAGUGACACUCAGCCAGAUAUGUGACAAUCAGAACUACUCCAAGACAAUCCACAAGCUCCAGCUCAUGUCACCGUCUAACAUCAUCUUUCCGUCAACCGUCUGCCCUCCCAACCGUCAGUCGGGCUUGUUUCAGCGAGUCAAGGAGACGAUGCCCGCUUAUCAAGUGGACGGAUUUGAUCGCUCCGCCUGGUCAGAAUCAGAUGGUGUCGAGUACAUCGAAAACCUUGCCUUCUCAACGGAUAUUGGACCAAUCAAGUUUGCCAUGGAAGGCAAAUUUUAUGCCACGACAUCAUUCAGUGCAGCAAUGAAAUACAUCGAGCAAAACUUGGAGAUCACGUUCGCUCACAAUUCAUUACGGAUCAGCUACACUCCUUCAGAAGACACCAUGAUGAUUGACAUAUCGGCCUUUCAAUCGCUUGAAGUGAUGCAGAAUUUGCGUGAUGCAAAAUCCAAAAGCUGUCUCUUUGGGCUUCUUAACACCACACUAACACCUAUGGGCAGUCGAAUGCUACGAAGCAACAUUCUUCAGCCACCCACAAACCAGGAUAACUUCAUCAUUCCCCGAUAUGAGGCGUUAGCAGAGCUAACAAGUAAUGAAGAAAUGUUUAGAGACAUACGUCAAUCAUUGAAGGGGUUCCAUGACGUUGAAAAGCUUCUAACAAAGUUGAUAAUCACCCCAACAGGAAACAACGUGUUUCUUGUUGAAAGUCUCAUCAAUCAUGUGUUGAUGGUAAAGAGUUUUCUCGAAGCCAUUCCAGAUGUCUUUGCGGCCCUCUCCUCUGCAACAAGUGAUCUCCUUGUCAAGGCCAGGGGGUUCUUCAACCCCCAUUCCGCCAACCGGAUACUUCGAAUCAUUCGCGAAAUGAUUGAACCAGAUGUGACUUACACGAAAACCGCCCUAGACCUCCGCAAUCAACGAACAUUUGCGGUGAAAGCUGGUGUGUGUGGGAUACUCGACGUUUCCCGGCAAACAUACAAGGAGCUCACUGAGGAAAUUCACAAACAUCUUGACGUGAUCAGCGACCAAUACCGUCUAAGCAUCAAACUGAAGUACGACAACGGGCGAAAAUAUUGGUUUCGACUUCGCGCUGCGGACCUCGAUGGUCCGUUACCUCAGAUAUUCAUCAACGUGCUCAAGAAAAAAGAUCAAGUGGAGUGCCAAACCCUUGAACUCGUCAAAUUGAAUCUUCGGUUGUCAGAUGCAUCAAACGAAGUCGUUAUGCGUAGCGAUGAAAUCAUCUACGAUUUGGUGAAGAAACUACGUGAGGAGGCCUCUGUGCUCUUCAAGAUAAGCGAAUCUAUCGCACUCGUCGACAUGAUAGCGUCCUUCGCUCAAUUAGCCACCACCCGAGAUUAUAUUCGACCAGAAAUCAAACAAACUCUUGCCCUGAAAGCCGCUCGUCAUCCUAUUCUUGAAAAUGAUGUAGCAACAUCGUUUGUCCCCAAUGAUUAUUACUCUAGUGAAAGCUCGUUUUGUUUCCAUAUUGUUACUGGAUGCAACAUGAGCGGCAAAAGCACUUAUAUCAAAACAGUUGCUCUCCUUCAAAUCAUGGCCCAAGUCGGGUCAUUUGUGCCUGCUGAAUACGCGGCCUUCCCUAUCAUCAAUCAUAUCUUCGCUCGGGUCUCGAUGGAUGACAGCAUCGAAUCCAACCUAUCGACAUUCUCGGUAGAAAUGCGUGAAAUGGCAUUUAUUCUGAGAAACAUUGACGAUAAGAGUAUGGCGAUCAUAGAUGAGCUCGGUCGUGGAACAAGUACAAGGGACGGCCUUGCCAUUGCCAUUGCGAUGUCCGAAGCGCUUAUCCAAAGCAGAGCAUCAGUAUGGUUUGCCACUCAUUUCAUCGAUGUGGCGCGCGUGCUGGCUGAUCGCCCUGGAGUUCUGAAUCUUCAUCUCUCUGCGAAAAGCUCAACCACACGGGACGGCAAGCCACAAAUAAUCAUGCUUUAUAAAGUCACAAAUAAUUCGAUCGAUGAGGAGCAGAAUUACGGGAUUCAUUUAGCCCGAGCGAUGGGAUUACCCUCAUCCUUCAUUGAGACAGCCGAGCAGGUGUCCAAUGAUUUGAGGCAACGAAGAGAAGCCAAACAGAGGAGCUCCGAAUCGAGCAAGCUCAAUCACCGUCGUCGGCUGAUCCUUCAACUUCACGAGGCUUUGAAACAGGCCAGAGACUCAGGAAACGAAGCGGUACUGCCAGGGUAUCUUAAAAGACUUCAGGAGGAAUUCAUUGUCAAGAUGGGGGAAGUUGAGAAGGCCAGACAUCACUUAGCAAAUGCAAAGAACGACUCCAGCUCGCGCAAGAAACAACUCGCACAAGGGACACCAAAGUCGCCCAGAAUGAUGUCGGCAAUUUUCAACCUCCACUCGAUCAUCCUUGUGCUUCUCUUGGCCAUCUGCACUUCAACAUACGUUCACGCGAUCUUCCCUAGAAUUCUCGAUGCGAAUAAGGAUGGUUCAUUAGGCAUAUUCUGGAAGUUCGCACGAAUCGGCGAGCGGCUAAGUCCCUACGUUAGCUUAGCUUGCGUGCUGAUGGCGGUAGGUUAA